GGUAAAGUAAUAAAACAAUGAAGAGUUGAUGAGUGCCGAAUAUCACUUCACAAGUGAUCUACAAAAUCUGCCUGUGUGAGCUGGAGUCUUUCGUUCGUUGUCCGAUGAUCUAUCUGCAGCUGAUGUGUUUCUUUGUGAAGAGUGUCCACAGUCUGUUCAAGGAGAGUGAUGUGACUCAAGAUACUGAUGACUGGUUCUCCAGACUGGCGGAUAAGUUGAAAAGUCACACUUUGUACAGUAAAGGAGAUGGCAGGUACUUCGGUAAGAGCAAGCGGUCCCGGAAGAUGUCUACCCAGCUGUUGUCCUGUGUAUUUGACACACUAUACAAGUGCUUCCUAUACGACAGUUUGAUGGCUUUGUAUCUGCCGAGAGGUUCGAAACACUCAUGCAACCAAUCGUUGACCGAUCAGAUGAAAAUGAAGAAGUUGAGAAACGCUGCCAGACUGUCAUAGCGGACAUGGAGAGGACCCUGGGAGAACCCUUACAGAAAUACUUCUAACUGGGGAAUACCUGAUCUUCUAGCAUC